AUGGCGGCCGUGUUGGCUUCGUGUGUGUUUCUCUCAUUGCCUUGCUCCGGUUUCAUCGUGGUACCAGCGAAUUCGUCUCCGUUAUCAGCCUAUCGAAGAGCAGCAGUUCGGCCGCCUGCAAGCAGCAGCCGUCGUUUAGCUCGGUGCGAAGGAGGAAGCUGGGUAGGAGAGCGGCCAGCAGCAGUAAACGCCAUCGCGCUGCAGGCGACGACCGAUGAUAAUAGCGAGCAGGCCCGCGAACAACCAACGCAGGAGGCAAGCUUGGCGGCAGCACGACAAGAGGCGGCGAGGAGCAAGCAGUUGAACAUCGCGUGCAACGACGUCGUCCGCACCAUCCUGGACGGUAACCCAACCAACGAGAAAGAGAGGGCCGAGGCCCUGCGGCAAAGAUUGAUAUCGCAGAAGGACGACCUGGUUUCCCCGGAGGACGACAUGUCGGCGCUCUUCUUCGACAACCUACUAUUGGUGUGCGAGCACGAGCUGCACCCUGACAUCGGCAUCCUGCGGGGGCAGUACGGCAAGGCUUGGAACACCAUCCUGCACUACGUCGAAGACGCAGGGUGGCAGCUCACGGAUCCCCCGUUUUCGAUCUCAGGGUAGAUUUUGGUUUGGACGGAUACAACGUCGAAAAACGUCACUUCGUUAUUAUGCCAUGUAGAGACGCUAGAGCAGGUUGUAUGCGUUGCGAGCGCGCAGCGAACAUCUCAAAGCGUACCCAGCUUUUUUAUUCCAUGUCCAUUUUAGUGUAGCGGUGUUUUUUGGUGUCUAGUCUUGUUCUGGGCUUGUUUUUGCUCGGUCUUCGUAUGGUCGUGUUGUUUUGUUGAUCCGGCGGUGACGUGUAGUUAGAACACCUCCACAACUUGCUCAGAAGCAAAGCACGUGGGUGUCAGAGCGGACACAAGAAGUGUCGGUUUCCUUCGCCGAGGGGUCCGGAGGUGAUCACGCGC